ACGUCGCAUGCAUUGGUGUGUGAGAAAGGGAAACUUUAAUAUAGGGCGGGUUGGGCGCUGGAGGCAUAGCCCCCAAUGUUCCCAACCCCCAUGAAGAAGGAGAAGAGCGUGUUUGCCAAUCGCGUUUUGCUGUCAUCCCCGCCGGAGAGAUCUGCUAGUAGCGUUCUGCACGACCCUUGUAGCAUGUUGUUGGCCACGUCCAGGAUCCAGAAACCGUGGGGAAACUUGAGCAAUCUUUUCGGCCACGUCCACAUCCAGGAUAUCAUUGUAUGCCGGCCAGGGAGGAAGAAAGACAAAAUCUUGGGCUCAAGCCUGUCAACUAUCGUGGAAAAUAGCCAUUUCAACGUGUUUAUGGAAUUCAGGAACCUGUUUCUGUGGCUCUCUCUGCUUUAAAUCUUGCAAUACAAUUCCAUGGCUGGGUAUCCUUCUUCAUUCUAAU